AUGAAUUAAUGCCAGCAAAAUUUAAAUUAAAAUCUCCAUUUCGAUGCAUUGAGUAAGGAAGCUAAAAUUCAUGAAACACUUCAAAGCAAUUAAGGAAAUUUCAGAGGCUAGUAGUUGGGUGAACUAAAAUUUACUAUUCCUAAAAGAAACCGAAACUAAGAUUAAUAAAUGACUGUGAAUAAAUUAGAAAAGAAUAUUAAUGAUUCAUUUAAAUUUAUAAAAUUAUCUAUUGAAAGUGAUGUUAUUACCACAAACCACUUUAAAAAUUUUAAAGCCUAAAGUAGAAAAACCUAGUAAAGUGCCCUACAAAAUUAGAAAUCUAAAAUGGUAGAUUCAAAAGCUUCAACAGCAUAAUUUAGUCCUAGUAGAAAUAAUUCAGCUUAAAGAAGUUAGAAGUAAUUUACAGGUUAACCUUAUCUGUAUUAAUCAGAGAAUUCUAACUAGUAAGAAAAUUUGAUUAAGAGUAUAUGUGAUAGAUUUUUUUAUACACAGAGAAGCAAUCCUUUGCAGCAAAGCAAAUUUUAAGGCAAUUAUGCUCCAUAUUUGAAGUAAGCAUAUAGCUUAGAGAGAGUAAAAGAGCAAUCUUAAGAGAGUUAAUAAAAAAUGGUGAACUAAAAGUAUGAAGACAAUUAAAGGAUAAAGAGAUAAAAGAUAAGCUUAGAUAGCUUGGAUGACACUCAUAAUAAAAGCAUUAAGCAAUUAUUAUUAUUAGGAGAUUAGAUGAAAAAAAAUCCCUAACUUUAUUACUUGAAGUAGUCUGCGAAAUAGAGAGAGUAAGAUAUCAAAUCUUAAGUGAGUAUUUCUUUAUCGAAAUUACAUGCGUCUAAUGAGGAUUUUUAACUUCCUUAAUAAGGAAAUAACAUCGCCAGCUGCCAAAAAUUAUACAAAGCACAGGCCAAACCUCAAGAGAAGCAUUUAAAAAGCAACUCAAGUUUUAUAAUUGGGAAACACUAACUUGAGACGUUGAUACAAAAGAAAUUUGAAAAUAAAGCUUUAAAGUAAAGCAAUAAUCCAAAAAGUUUAUUAUAAAACAUAUCAUUUUUGUAGACAAAAGGCUAAAACGAAAGUAGCGAUCAUAAGCAGUAGCUUGAGAAACCGAAUAAUUCAAACAAAAACGAAAUAUUUUAAAUUUAGUAAAAUAAAAGCUACUUAUAUAAAAAUAAAUACUCAAUCAAUUUGUCUUAGCUCGAAAGUAUUAAUUUUAAAUAGCAUGAAAUCCUCUCAGAAAGCCAAAACAAAUAUUAUUAAUAAAUUUAAAAUAAUAUUUUAAGAAGAAACUAAAGCUAAGAUCUAAACUCCUCUAAAAUUAGUUAAGGUACUUAAACAAUGAAUAUAGAUAUCGAUAUAAAAUCUUAAUUAUCUUCAUCUCCAUCAGAAAGAAGCAGCUAUAUUGCUUCUAAAAACAUUAACAGUUUAUAAAUAAAUCCUAGUGAUUAACAAAUCAAUAAAGAUCUCCAGUUAAAAUUACCUAAUAAUGAAUCUUAAUUUUAGCUAUAAAAUUCAUAAAUAUGCAAAAUUAUAAAUAAGAGAAGAGGUAAUUCAGUAAUUAUAUAGCAUGAUUAAAAUAUCUCUCUGUAAAAUAAUUAAAGAAGAUAGUCUUUAUCUCAAAUAAAUAACUCUAUUAAUGCAGCAUAAAAUAGAAAGAAGACUAAAGAAAAAGAAUAACUGAACUUCUCAAAAAUUCCAUGGAUUAACUUAAUCAUCUUAUAUCUCCAACUAUGA